UCUCUUCCAUCCCCCUCUUCCGUUGGUCUCCAUCCUCUAGCUCGCUCUCUUCUCGAUUUGGUAUCCAACUCUCCGUUGCACCUCCCAAAACUUGAGAGAUUUGCUUCUUCCUCCUCUACACAGAAGUUGAUCUGGAUCCGUAGGAGAAGUUUCAGACUUGUUCGCCUCUUUUGCUUCAAAAACAAUGGUGGUGUCACAGCGUAGCAAUAGAUUCUUCAAGUUUAAAGAUCCACGAGGCACUACAGCAGAAAGCACACACGCUCUCCAAUCUUAGUCUCCUUGCGAUCGACUGCCUACGUCCCAGAUUACCCACAUAGCAGGGCAAAAGGAGUCCCCCACAUCACGAAUAGGAGGCACCCACGCCCUCCAUCACCACAAUAACUACAUAGCGCGCACACAAAAAGUUGCACAUCGAAUUCCUACAAGAUAGAGCCAAGACGAAAAGGAGACUGACCUUGUCCAUCCAAAACUCUUGGUGUCGAUCAACCAAUAGUAAUUACCACCAAUAACUUGUGGUUUAUUUUCAACACCAAUGGUUGGAAGGUACCGUCACGACUUCUCACGUGCAUUCGGCGGUGACAUGAAUAUGGCCUGGAUCAUGCUGCGAAUCGACUACUCGAGGCUCUUCUGGCAGCUCUUCGGCGUAUUCUCCUACGAGAACCAUGAAGGAAAGCCUCGGAUCUAGCAGUCCCUCAACCUCGUCCUUCAGGGCUCUCCAUACUUCUUCCAGCUGAGAUUGCAGUCGAUCCAUCCCAGCGUUCUUUCUUUUCUCAUCAUCAUCAUCAUCAUCAUCAUCUUCUUCUUCUUGUUUGUUAAUGAGGCCGCCGGUCAUGCCUGAGAAAGGGCGUGCGGAGCGGAUUGCCGUGGGGAACGGGUUCGUAGAGACCGAUCCGACUGGUCGCUAUGGUCGUUUUCCAGAAAAAGAAAAACGAGUCUUCGAAAUCAAAAUCUGAAAACCCUCAUGUCUCUUAUAUAUACAUGCAUUGCAGUUUGAUCUAGUGCUCGGAAGAGGUGCUGUGAAAAUAGUCUACAGGGCAUUUGAUGAGCUAAAUGGUACGGAGGUGGCAUGGAACCAAGCUAAGCUCAGCGAGGUGAUACGGUCACCUGAGGCACUGCAGCGCCUGUACUCGGAGGUCCACCUCCUCAGCUCCCUCUGCCAUGAAUCCAUCAUCAAAUUCCAUGCUUCGUGGAUUGAUGCAGCAAAUAGGACUUUCAACUUCAUCACCGAGAUGUUCACAUCUGGCACGCUCCGAGAAAAUGGAUUUAGGUACCGACAAAGAUAUCCACGAGUCCAUAUCAGGACUGUCAAAACCUGGGCCCGGCAGAUACUUCAGGGGAUCCUCUACUUGCACAGUCAUGAUCCGCCGGUGAUACACAGAGACCUCAAGUGUGACAACAUUUUUGUCAAUGGCCACCUCGGGCAACUCAAGAUUGGUGAUCUCGGCCUGGCUGCCAUGCUCCGGGAAGCCCACUGCGCGCACAGUGUCAUAGGAACGCCCGAGUUCAUGGCGCCGGAAGUCUACGAAGAAGAAUACAACGAGCUUGUUGAUAUAUACUCCUUCGGCAUGUGCGUGCUGGAGAUGCUGACCUCUGAAUACCCCUAUAGCGAGUGCUCCAAUCCAGCUCAGAUUUAUAAGAAAGUUACCUCAGGGAAAUUGCCUGAUGCUUUCCAUCGCAUCCGAGACCCUCAAGCAAAGCGUUUCAUCGGGAGGUGCCUAGAAACGGUCUCCAAGAGAUCAUCGGCUAAGGAGCUCCUUCACGAUCCCUUUCUAGCGUUUGAAGAUCGUCCUACUACUUCGCCAAGCUUAAAGAGUCCAUCUCAUGAGGUUAAGAACAUCGUACAUGGAGAUUAUGAUCCCUCACAGGCGACAGAUGGCCCCGGAGCCACCAGUCCUGUUGCGAAGCGUACUGACAUGACGAUUACCGGCAAGAUGAAUCCUGAGGACGAUACUAUCUUCCUCAAAGUGCAGAUUUCUGAUCGAGAAGGUAAGAUGAGCAACAUAUAUUUUCCUUUCGACAUCGUUGGCGACACAUCAAUAGAUGUGGCCAAUGAGAUGGUAAAAGAGCUGGACUUAACAGAUCGAGAAGCAUCAGAGAUAGCAGAGAUGAUAGCCCAGGAGAUAUCAAGGUUGGUGCCUGGUUGGAGGGAAGGUGCUCCCGAGGACUGUCAUCAUGUAUACAACUAUGUGGAAGAUGACCAGGACGGAAGCAACCAUCCUUUCUACUGCCUCUCCUCCCCUUCGUCCUCCCAAGGGUCAGAAUUUGGGGGAAGCUCUUCUCAGGGGAUCUUCUGCCAGCAGCACAAUCCUCGCCAAGUAGACUGGCUUGGAGAUAGCCUGUUCCAAGAUGAUGACGACAAGAGCUCUGUUCAUUCGAGUAAAUAUUCUGCUGUGAACUACACCUCAGGUGGUGAGCUAGAAAGCGAUGGCAGCUUCCACCGAAAGGAACCGAUGCCGCUGGUACCCAGCAGUAGCCGCUGCAAAUGGACAAGGUUUUGUCCCGAGGACAGCUCCGCCGAGGAUGACUACAUAAGCCAUAAACUCCACGAGAAGUGCAACAUUUUGACAGAGGCCUCGCACGUUGGUGGAGGCAAGAGGCGUGUCGACAGCCGGCGGUUAAUGAGGAACCAGUCGAUGAUGGACGUGCGAAGCCAGCUGCUGCACAAAGCUCUGGUGGAGGAGCUAAACAAGCGCAUGUUUAAGACGGUUGGUGCGGUCGAGAACAUAGGGUUCCAAGUGCCAUAUGAUGGCCUCCGAGGAGUCUCUCGAGGAGACUAUCGGAAGAAAAAGUAUGGGCCUGAGCGGCAAAGAUGUUGAAGGCUCUUCCCAGGGAAACCUCUCAGCCAUGUUUCUGAUGCUAAUAUAUAAUAUGCAUGUGACCUGGAGUUGUUGACCACGUGUGUAAAAUUGUGAAUAUUUGUCAUCCUACGUGUGUGCGCGCGUUAUGUGACUAGCUAUCUUGGUAGAAUGCCUAUGGCCAGAUGGGCUACAGCUUUUUGAUCGA